AUGACGCUCAAAGAAGAGUUCCAGACCCGGAACUUCAGUAUUUACGGACAAUGGUUCGGCAUUCUUUCCAUGAUUCUCUGUUUCGCAACAGGGCUGGCCAACAUCUUUACGCUGUUUUCGAAGCAUGCACUCCUGAUCAUAUUCUGCGCCCUUGCGCUGGCCUCAUCUCUCAUCAUCUUGUUCAUCGAAGUGCCUCUUCUUCUUAGAAUCUGCCCGACAUCCUCCAAAUUCGACGAACUCAUCCGCAAGGUUUCCUCCAACUAUAUUCGAGCAGGUACCUACGGCGUCAUGGCCCUAGUCCAAUUCCUCAGCAUCAUCGUUGUGAGCUCGAGUUUGAUCGCAGCAGCCGUUUUCUUGCUGCUCACCGCCAUCUGCUAUGGCCUUGCUGGACUCAAAGGCCAGGCAUUCAUCGGAAGCAAGACCCUUGGUGGCGCAGGUAUUGCACAGAUGAUUGUGUAA